AGACUCCAGAUUGUCUCCAGUGGAUCCUGGAUUCCUCAGGCCCAGACCUAAUCCCUGAGCCUGCCUGGAACCUCCAAAGCCAGCCUGGCUCCCGAGGGCCCUUUGGUUUGGGGGGUGGUCCAGGUCAUGCAGGUAGAGCUCAUCCUACUAUGGGCCAGCCUCCCUCUCCAGGGUCUCUAGCCUCACUCCCAGGCUGUUCACUCCCCUUCCCAGCGGUUCUCAGAUCCUGCUCCUCCUGGUACCCUCCUGAUGCCCUUGUCCCUCUUUCUGCUCUUUCAUUUUCUGCCCACUGAAUCCCUUGCUGCACCCCCCGAACACAGUCUGGCCCUACUCUCUGCACCUCUCCAGGGACCAGAAGAACUUAGUUCUAAGGGAGCUAUGCCUUCGCCUCCCUCCUCAGGGAGGCACCCAGUCUUUCUGAGAGGCAUUGGGCCCUUCCUGGGAGCUGGUGGCUUUUCUCCCAGAUGCCUCCUGGAAAUCUUGCGGACAUUUGAACGAGCUCAUCAGGUGACCUACAGCCAAGGCCCCAAGAUUGCCACCUUGAUGAAGCACGUCAGCACCAGUCUGGACAAGAAAGGCCAUGUGUACUUGGUUGGCUGGCAGACCCUGGGCAUCAUUGCCAUCAUGGAUGGAGUAGAGUGCAUCCACACGUUCGGCGCUGAUUUCCGAGAUGUCCAUGGCUUUCUCAUUGGUGAUCACAGUGACAUGUUUAACCAGAAGGCUGAGAUCACCAACCAGGGUCCCCAGUUCUCCUUCUCCCAGGAGGACUUCCUGACUUCCAUCCUGCCCUCCCUCAUGGAAAUUGACACUGUGGUCUUCAUUUUCACCCUGGAUGACAACCUCACGGAGGUGCAGACUAUAGUGGAGCAGGUGAAAGACAAGACCAGCAACAUCCAGGCCCUGGCACAUAGCACCGUGGGGCAGUCCUUGCCGAUCCCUCUGAAGAAGCUCUUUCCCUCCAUCAUCAGCAUCACAUGGCCACUGCUUUUCUUUGACUAUGAAGGGAACUUCAUCCAGGUAUGGGGAAUGGGAAGGUCAUACCUGCAUUGACAGGCUGGGAGGGAGAGGGAUUCCAGGAGUCAGAAAAUCCAAGGCUGGAGGAUAGAAAGCUCGGAGACCUCUCUGAUCUUCACAAAGCCAGCUGGGAAAGGUCAUGGGUUACCAGGUAACUAGUCAGAGUUCCCAAGGCAAUGAACUACUAGGCUCAGCUGUUUCUAGAAAUAUGCAAAAACUGCAGGAUAGGCCACCAGUCA